AUGAGGGAGGCUUCGGGGCAAACCAAGCAGCACCAGAACCAUUUGGCAUCAGGCAGGAGUUACCCCUGUGGGGGUGAGCCUGUGCUGAUUUCACCAGAUUCUGGCUCAUCACAAAUCAACCGUUCACUGCUUCAGAAGUCCAGAGAAGCAGAAGUAUUGUUUGAGAGAUCUCACAGACACUUGCCUGACACAGGAGACAGCAUGGAUAUAAAGAACGUGUUUAAAGCCCAAGAAGAUGCUUGCUGCCCAAGGGGUCCGUGGGAGCAGGGUGGUAAGCUGGUGAAUUUGAACAGCAUGGCCAGCACAGCUGCUGGAGCCACAGGGAAAUGCUGCGCUGGACAGGCACGUUGCCACCCCACAGAGGGAAGCACUUGUCACACAGACAACCUUUGUCUGAGCAGGGAGGGCUCUGGAUCUGGCCAGUGUCUGGCAGAUGUCCAGGUGUGUAAAGAGACUGGGCUUAUUAGCCCUCUAACCAUGAAUGCCUUGCUGAGUGAGGAGGCAGAUGCUCCCCUAGUAAAUCACCAUGAUUUGGUGAAAGAUAAUGCUGAAAAUUCUAUCCCUGUUCUGGAGAUUUACACAGAGCAGAUCCCAAGUGUUAGGGGUGACUUUGAUGAUGAUGAUGAUGAUGACCUCGAGUAUUUUGAAUGUUCAGAUGUGCUGACAGCACACGAGAAUGAAAUCUGGAACAAGAAGUUAGAAUUUUUAUUAGACAGUGAUGACGAAGAUGAUUUAAAACUGAGUAAGGAUUGUGAUGGGUGUGCUUACUUCCUUGAUGAAAUGCCUUGUCUGUUCCAAGUGUCAGAUAACACUACGCCUAUGGAUACCACCAUUGGCUUCUGUGGGCAUCACUCAAAAUUCGAAGGAGUAAAUGUAAGGAGAGACCCCUCUGUGUACAGCCAGUCAGCUUUGCAGGCAGAGAUGACUCUCACUUGUGGGCACCACCGAGAGAAAAGCGCCAGCGUGAAAGACAAAGAGAAGUGUCCAGUGCCUGUUGCAUCUGCAGCCAUUGGAAGUGACCAUCCCAGCGCCAAAGCAGACAGUCAUGGCAGUCACCACUUGGCCACGGGUUCCUCAGCUGGCAAACCAAAGAACAAGGAUGAUACGCGUUCCCAGGCAGAUUCCUCUGCUGGUGGCAUAGGUUCUCCUCGGACAGGUCAGGCUGCAGAGAGGAUGACAGAGAGCAGCACGGAUGAGAACCCGCAGGGUGAGAGCUCUCUGCUGCCAGAGGAGCCAGGAGGAGACCUGCCAGAGGAAGAUGCAAGGCACACUGUCUGUACCCUAACAGAAAGUCUGAGAAGAAACCUUUUGAAGUUGUUCAACCCUAAAGAACUUUGCAGAUAUGUCAGUGCUAUAGGACAGUCUUUCCAGCUGGCAGCAGAGCUUAGAGAAUCCAGUGCUUCCAGUCAGGAAGGUGUUGUUUCCACACAGAUCCCUGAGGAGACAGAGAGCUUGCAAAUGCAGGCUGGUUCGUGUCACACAGAAGAGGCAGAUAAAGACUGUCACUGGGAAAGGACUCGGGGCCUGUCUGAGCAAAAUCAGAUGCCAGAUGAAAAUGUCUCAUCCAGGAAUCAAGGUGCCAAUCUUAACAUCUCUAUCCAGAAUAGUGAGAGACGAUGCAUGGAGCCCGAAGCAGGAGAGGAAAGUGACUCCAUGACUUCUGAGACUGCAGGAGCCAUCCCUCCAGCUUCAGAAAUGCUUGCUUCUGAAAAGACAUUGCUAGCAAAAUGUGCAGAUUUACAGACCUGUUCUCGACUCCUUGCUCCUCAGGAUAAGGGAGAAAGUUGUCUUCAACAGGUCACCUGUGAACAAGGAAUUAACAUUGUUAGCACUGAUGACAACGCAAAGAAUGAGGCUUCACCUUUUCCCUUGUGGGACAGGAACUCUGCUUGUGAGCAGCAAGUGUGUUCCUGUGCUGUCCUUCCUCCUGCAGAGCUGCCUAGGGAGCCAGGGGAGGGGGAGCACAGGUAUAGCCUUUACUCACACGACAGCAAUGGCACAGAUGCUCUCUGCAGCCUGUCAUGUGAUGAAUCUCCAUCUGAAGCUAAUCCCAAGGUAGUCCUGGAAUCUGGAGAACCUGGGGGCGAAGGAGAUGCUGAUAUAUCUGCAGUGCAUGACAAGCUGUGGAAACUUCUUAAUGAAGAUGACUCAGACUAUCAAAUCACAUAUGAAAACCAGGGAAUCACAAGUUUAGAAAUUAGGCCAGUCAGUAUCGAAGCCACAGAACUGAACUUGGUACAGGAGCCCUCUUCUGGUCACUCUUUGCCAGUCAACCUGGGAGAAGAGCAGGAACCUAUCACACAACCAGCUACUAGCCGAAGAACGGAGAAAGAAGACUGCAAUGUUUUUAAUGUCCUACUUCAAACAGAUGAGGCAUGCAACAGUGCAUCCACAGGAAACAUUUGUCUUGCACAAGUGGUAGGAACAGAUGGCAUAUGUCUAGAUUCUAGCACUGAAAGUAAAAUGGAAACACCAUCCGUUUGUGUUCCAGCAAAUGGUGCUGUCUUAGAUACAGGGGAGUGCUUGGAGCAGGAGCCAAAUCCCAUAUUAACUGGCAGUGGUGAAUCCAUUCAGGUGCCUGUGGCUGGGGAAGGAAAGCCUGCCAUGAAUAACUCUUCCCAAACAUGUGAUGGAGAUUCUGCUGAAGGACUGAAAGAUGCUCAUAGUGGUAACCCAGCAUGUGACGCAGAAACCCCCCCUUACCAGCCAGCUGUGUCAUCUGGGACAACUGGACAAUUCCUUCAUGCUGAGCACAGCAUGGCCCUGACAGCUGAGUCUGUGAGGUGGGCAGGGUGUCCGUUCAGAGGCUGUUACCCAGCAAGGACACGACUGCCUUGUCUGCCUGAAGAGAAAGGCGUGUUCCCUGCUGACAGUGCCAGUCAGCCUGCACGUGAAGAACACUCUUCUGUUAGCACGACACAGAAAAGUUGUGAAGAGCGUUUACCAGAGAAAGGAAAUCACUCAGCCUUGAGUGCACAAACUGCCACUAGUUCUGACAGCUGCCAUCUUUCACAAAACGACUGGCAGGGUCUCCAAGUUCCUCCCGGUGCGCAGAAACACAGUUAUGAAAUGCAACUGCCUGAUUUAAUUGAGGCUCCUGAGAAGCUACCCCAAACUACAGACCAACUGGCAGAGGUAGCAAAACAAGAAGCAGCACCCUCUCCCUCUUCUGGGCAUCCAUGUCUAAGAGGCUUUUCUGUCGAAGUGCCCAGCUGUGAGCCCUGUAAACCAGGAGAACAGAGUGAAGUCUGCAUGAGGGGUGAAGAGAGGGCUGCCCCUUCCUGUGACUCAGGAGUUAGUCGCAGCUCAGAGAGCCAGGCUGCAGCCUCCCCUCAUAAUAGCUCAGAACAAGAUAUACUUUUUGUUGGCAGUACCUUCAUAUCUGAAGAAGAGUUAAACCCAGACUCUUCAAAACCCCCCACCUCUGCAUCUGACAGCGCAACACCAGUGAGGGCCCUGCUGCCCAGCAAGGCUCAAAGGGCGCACCACAGGGUGGCAAAUGAGGGUUACAGAGAUUACAGCCAGCAGUUAGAGAUCCAACAAGUGACUGCACAGGAAACAGUCUACACACCUAUGAGCCAGGCAGAGGCAGUAGGGUGUGCUGGCACAGGGAGUUGGGUAGAAGCUGAAUCCAGACAAACUGUAGGCAAAGCAGAGGGACAUUUGGGUGUGCUGGAAACUUCCUGCAGAGCUUUGCAGGAGCAGUUCCACAGGGUACUUGAACUAAACAAGAAGGAACCACUCUUUUGUGAAAACAAACAAGAAAUUCAAAGAACUGUGGAGUAUAACCCAGAUAAAGCUGAAAAAAAGGCUCCUGUACAUGCCUUAGUUAGCUCCGAGGCUCAGGGACUGUUCAUGAAUACUAACACUAAGCAGCCCUCUCCUGACUUGAUGUCUUCCAGCAAGCUAACUCAGGUUGAAAAAUUAGUUAAGUCUGCUGAGGAUGAUAAAGAUGAAGAACUCAUGACAUCAGAGACUGUAGUAAGUGGUUUAGUUAAUUUGCCAUCAGCUGAUGCAGUGAGCAACCAACACUUUCAAGAGCAAGCACCCUGCAAAAGAACUCCUUCAUUCUCUUUGGUGUUGACCACACACAAGCCAUUCCCAGUCAGUGUGGAAGGGCUGCAAAAUCAAGAAGGGUCAAAGUCCUACCAGCCAUCACCAACUGCUGCUGAGCCUGAUCCCAUCCCACACAAAGAAGACACAGCAAAGAGUGGGCAUUUCACUGCUGGAGCCAAGAAGAAAUUGCCACCAGCAACACUGUCAAAAAAACCCCGACUAGAGGAAGGAGGAAAUGGCAGCAAGGAUCCCAGCUAUGUUAAAAAGCCUGUGAAGAGUGAGGCAGGCACGAUUCAGAAAGAAGACAGAAAAGAGCAAAGGAAACUCAUUUUGAAAAAGGAUGGCAAAGCUCCCAAGCUGCUGAAGAAGAUCCAGGCAGAGCUGUUCCCUGAUCGCUCUGGAAAUAUCAAGCUCUGCUGUCAAUUUGGUGACAUUCAUGGUGACUCCACCAUUACAUGGACUAAAGAUUCCAAGUUACUAGCUCGGCUGCAGAGAAGUGCCCAGGAUGACUCUCCUGUCUCUUUGGCGAUAGCUAAAGCCAGCAGCAAAGAUCAGGGAAUGUAUUAUUGCUGCUUGAGCAACACCUAUGGGAAGGUGACUGCUGAGUUCAAUCUAACUGCUGAGGUGCUGGAGCAGCUCGCAAGUCUUCAGAACUGUGAAGGUGUGGAAGAAAUUGAAUUCAUGCAGCUAAUGUUCAGAGAAGAUUUCAUCAGGGACAGCUAUUUUGGUGGCAACCUGCAUGGUAUCAUAGCCACAGAAGAGCUUCACUUUGGUGAAGGCAUGCACCGGAAAGCCUUCCGAAGCAAAGUGAUGCAAGGCCUGGUGCCAGUGUUCAGCCCUGGCCACCCCUGUGUGCUCAAAGUGCACAGUGCCAUCACCUAUGGGACCAAGAGCAAGGAUGAUCUAGUUCAGAAAAACUACAAACUGGCACUGCAGGAAUGCUAUGUCCAGAACACUGCGAGAGAGUAUGCAAAGAUAUAUGCAGCUGAAGCUGAACCCCUGGAAGGCUUUGGGGAAGUACCAGAGAUCAUUCCUAUUUUUCUUGUUCAUCGCCCUGCUAAUAACAUCCCCUAUGCGACAGUGGAGGAGGAGCUGGUUGGGGAGUUUGUGAAGUACUCCAUAAGGGAUGGCAAGGAAGUCAACUUCUUGAGAAGAGACUCAGAAGCUGGCCAGAAGUGUUGCACCUUCCAGCACUGGGUGUAUGAGAAGACCAACGGAAGCUUGCUUGUCACUGACCUGCAAGGUGUAGGAAUGAAGUUAACUGACGUUGGCAUAGCAACACUGGCCAAAGGAUACAAAGGUUUUAAAGGCAACUGCUCCAUUUCCUUCAUUGAGCAGUUCAGAGCCCUCCACCAGUGCAAUAAGUACUGUGAGAUGAUGGGGCUGAAAUCUCUCCGAACCGCUCAUCAAAAACAGAGGAAAGUAACAUCCACGAAAAGCAAAAAUCUGCCCAACUCCUCAACAAUAAAGAAAACAGUGCCCAAGAAAGCAAGAGAACCUAGAGACUUCAUUUCUUCAGAGCACUGACUUGCACUGGAGGACACCUAGCAGUGCUGGGCACCAGUGACCUGGUGCAGGGAUAACUUCAGUCUCUUGCCUUAUGACAUUGGUUUGACAUCAUCCCAGUGCUGAUGCCAGGAACAAAGGAGCUGCUUCUAUGGUCUUGGUACCUGAGAUUUAACACUGGGGCAAGGGGUUGAAGACAGACUAAGUCAUCUGCCUGGAGUACCUUACAACCCUUCUGUGUGUUGAUGUCUGCACAUUUUGAGCCUGGGACACUGAUUGCACCACAGGCCACUGGAGAAAUCUUCCUGGCUGUGUC